AUGGUUUUACCACAAACUAAACAUCAAAUACCAUUUAUUUGUUUUUCUCUAAUCGGUUUCAUAUUAAAUUUUAUUUCAUUAUUUGUAUUUUUAUGUGGUGAUUCAGUAAUUGUUCGUUCACGAAGUUGUAAAUUACAACAACAUGGUAAAAUUCUAUUAGAAAAUGAAAGUUCCAAUAUUUCGAAGAGUACAACUGUACAAUCAACAAAAUCACGCGAUCCAAAACGUUCACGUAGUUCAUUUAUGAUUAGUUUGAUAUUAUUGUGUGGAUGUGAAGUGAUUUUUAAUUUGGGAGCAUUUAUAUUUAAGCUAACACAAGUGCUUUCACCACAGUUUGUUCAUCAAAUUCCAACUGAUGGAUCAAAUCAUGUACCGCCUGAUAUGACUUUAUUGAUACUACCAGUUGUACAAAAUCUUUUAAUGUUUAUUGCUGAAGUAGGUCUAUUCUGUCGAAACUGGUGUGUUUGUCUAAUCACAGCCGCUCGAGCUGAAGUGGUUAUCUGGCCACUUGGUUCACGUGCAUGGCAACGUGUUUUGAGGCAUCCACGAAAAUUUAUUCAAAUAUUCAUUUUACUCCUUGUACUAUCAAUUAUAAUAUCUGGUUUAAAACAUACAGAUUAUAUUUCAUUAUUAUGCUAUGAUCAAAUUCAUCAUCAGUAUGGUAUGUGGUCACAAGAAUAUGUAUUUUCACAUAAAUCAUUCUCAUUCUAUAUGAGCUUUAUUGUAUUACCAUAUCGUGCAGUGAUCACAUGGAUUCUUAUCAUAUUAUUCACAAUUAUGAUCAUUAUUAGACUACGUCCAUGGCGAAAAGAAUCUUCAUUAUUACAAAUAUCUCAGUCUAAAUCAUUAGAUGAUAUACCAACAGCACAAGGAACUUCACAACAUGAUGCUGUACGUAAACGACAAAAAGGUCAAAUAAAAGCUACACGUGUUGUCUUGAUGGUUGCUUUAGCGUUCGGCUUACUAGAAUGUAUGAAUUUCAUGAUUUCUAUUUGUCAAACACUUAAUCUACUCGGAAAUAAUCAUUUAAGUCGUCUACUUGAAACCAUUGGUAAUACAUUGAUCACUAUCGAUUCCAUAUGUAAUUUCUUUGUGUUUAUCUCAUUAAUGUCCUAUUUUCGUACAAUAUUUUUACAAAUAUUCUGUUGUAAAACUAUCAAUCAUAAUACUCAUCUUCCAGCAAAAAGUACUUCAUGUACUUCAGUAACUACUCAUUCAACCAUUGGAAAUAAUUAUCCAAUGGAGAAAUUAAAUAGAAAAGUCUAAUGAAAUCAUUUAAUUCCUAUUGAAAUAAAAGCCAUAAAAAUACAUUGUUAAAAAUGUGUUUCCAAUUAUUCAUUGAACAUUGAAUUCGUCGUGAACAAUACAAUAAACUCUGUGUAUUUUGCAAAAUUA